AUGAGUGCUUCCACGGGUCAAGAGUUGGGAAACUCACAACAAAACCAAGACUUGGUGAAUGCGGUGAUCUCGGUGCUGGCCACCCCGGAACAGCCUACAACCGUCGCAAAUGUCUAUUCAAAUGAACGCAACUUGGCUACAGAAGUUCAGGCAUAUGCCAAGAUAGCCGGACGCAACUGGACGCUUUAUGUAAAGCAUCUGGUGCUGACCAUAGGCCGUAACACUGACCCACAAGAUCAAACCGUGGACAUCGAUUUAGGCCCCGCCAAAGUCGUUUCGCGCAAACAUGCCACCAUCAAGUACAAUCUCAGCGGUGGGUUUUGGGAAUUGCAGGUCCAAGGUCGAAACGGGGCAAAAGUGGAUUUCAAGCGCGUUGGCGCCGGACCACAGGCUGACCCCGUGCAGUUGCAAUCCGGCUCGAUUCUGGAUAUUGGCGGUACUCAAAUGAUGUUUAUUUUGCCUGACCGUGGUCCCUUUGUAGAUCCACAGGCGUUGGAUCAUUUAAUCCCCAAGUUAAAUGCUAUGUACGGGGCCACAACCACUAAUCCACUGCUCCAGGAUUUGCUGCGAGAUGUCUCGCAGCCCAGAAAUGCCGUGAAAGCUUUUCGCAUGUACAAUUCCUACGACAACCCAUAUGCCACAGCCUCCGCAGGCGGUUCGUACAACUCACCGCAAAUGGGGGCUGGUUAUGGUGCAGUUAUGGAUCCAAGCUUCUCUCAAGCUAACGACAUUGCCUCAGAUUUGUCGCGGGAGGAGAACAAAAACGUUAAACCACCCUUUUCUUAUGCCACCAUGAUUACACAGGCCAUUCUCUCUAAUCCUGAAGGGGUUUUGUCUUUGGCUGACAUCUACAAAUACAUCUCUUCCAAUUUUGCGUACUAUCGCUAUGCAAAGACUGGUUGGCAGAAUUCUAUUCGGCAUAAUCUCUCUCUGAAUAAGGCAUUUGAGAAAGUGCCCCGAAAACCUAACGAACCUGGUAAAGGCAUGAAGUGGCGCAUCAGUAAAGACUAUCAAAACGAUUUCAUGGACAAGUGGCAGUCGGGCAAAAUCUCCAAGGUAAGGAGAGGAUCCUCGGUGGCUCGGCAAUUGCAACUGCACAUGACCAAAUUCAACACUUUACCACAGCCGGGCUCUGGCGCUGGUCCCGGUGAUCAAGAAUCCCCCAAUGAUCAUCCAGAAAACCUGCAAAAUGGGCCUCAUCGACCUUCUUCGCAACAUCAGUCCUCUGAAAAGGAGCAAUUCAAUCGUCUGCAUAAACAGGAGUCACAAGAACAACAGCCGACACGAGCCCAGAAUUCCAGAGAGGUGCGACCACUACAACAGCAACAGCAACAGCAACAAGAACAGCAACCACAACAGGAACAUCAAGAACGACAACCGCAACAACCGCAACAACAACCACCUCAGCAGCAACAGCAGCAGCAACAACAACAACACUCACAGAGACAAGCACAGCCACCACCGGUUCCUAGUUUCUAUCAAACAUCGCAAGGCCACGGUCAAAACGCUUCGCCGUCAUCUGCAAACGUAUACGGUACUUUGCCUCCUCCAACCACGCUACCGCCGGCAUCUUCGCUGUCGCCGAUGGCCACGGGCCGGCCGUCUUCGCCCCAAAUGCAGCCGCCACUUAAUGUCCCCGCCCGACAAUCAUCUUCUGGUUUCCCCACGCUGCCGCGUCCUACGACUCGUCCUUCUACCUCGCACAUGCAAAUGGGUAGCAGUGUGCCUGGUACAGCGUCUCGAUUAUCUCCUGGCCAAGACUCUCUGCUGCGCUCGCCGACAAGACCUUUCCACAUUACCGCAAUGGAAGCUUACACGCCCGAGCGUGGCAGCGGACAACAGACACGCUCACCAACUGGGACGCACGCUCAACAACUCAACGUCGAAACCAGAGCCUCGACGCGACAGACGUUGCCGCAAACCGCACAAAGCUCACCCGGAGUUUGGAAUCUGCUGCAGUUUAGCUCUGUAAACAACACGCCGGCUGGGUUUCGUGCAAUUGAAGACGCUGCCCAGGCCAACUCUGCAAAUGAAGGUCCAAGAAUGCUUCAGCCGGGCCCCCAGAUGGGCAGGAUGUCACAAGACCGAAACCAAGUUCCAACGCUACACAUCAACGGCCACUCUGCUGCACCGGACAAGCAAAAGAGCCGCGACGAAGAGUCCGAGUUCGUAUCGUCGCCGAUCAAGAACCACAGCAAGGACACGUCGAAGGGAGUCAAAGACCUGAUGCUCGAUAUCAAGGGCGCCAAAAUCAGCGUGGUCGAGGACCAUCGCUAG